UUAUCAGAUCAUGACUUAAAAAUUAUAAACCUUCAGUACCUUAUGAUUUAGAGGUAGAAUUUGCACUCAAAUCUGGUCACGUAUAUUUGUUUUAAUGCAUCAUAUUAGCUGUACUAACGGGUGUGUCAGGUCCAAUUCGUGAAGCUAAUGUGAUAAGUUAUAACUGGGUGGAUAUGGUAAGGGAGACUUUCAUCACUUUGGCAACAAAUGAUGAAUACUGUGUGGGCGCAUUGGUUUUGGGAGCUUCCCUCAGACAAACAGAAACUAAGAAAGAACUCACUAUCCUCGUGACUUCAGCUCUAACACCUAAAAUGAGAUCACUUUUACCCUUGUAUUACGAUAAUGUGAUUGAAGUACAGCCCGUCGCUCCUGAAGACUGGAAUAACCCUUUUCUUGGUAAUCGCAAAGAAUUAACUGCAACUUUUACAAAAAUAUGUGCUUGGAGUCUUGUUGAGUUUGACAAGGCAGUAUUUAUGGAUGCAGAUACCUUGGUAUUAGAUAACAUAGACGAAUUAUUUGAUAGACCUGAAUUGUCAGCAGCUCCUGAUACACUCUGGCCAGAUUGUUUCAAUGCUGGUGUAUUCGUUUUAAAACCAUCUAUGGAUACAUAUAAUGGUCUUUUACAAAUGUUAUCUACAACUGGAAGUUUUGAUGGAAGAGAACAAGGUCUAUUGAAUACCUACUUUUCUAAUUGGCUUCAAGGUGGUAUAUCCCAUCGGCUUCCAUGUACAUACAAUUGUAUUUGUCGUAUAUCAGAGAGUACACAUUUUGAAUUUUAUACAAGUCGAUCUGCCUGGGUUCAAUUCGGUGGUACAAUACGUGUUGCACAUUUCUCUGGUUCUAUAAAACCAUGGCAUAAAACAUCAGCAGCUAAAACAUGCAGUCAAGCAGCAUUUCGUACAUUCCUUAAUACAAAUACAAGUAGACGUUCAAUAUCUCGUGUAGCUGGCAUGCUGGCCUAUUGGUGGUCACUAUUUCUUAUUUUAAUACGACCACAUUUUUCACCUGAUAUGUACUUAGGUUAUAUUUCUUUAGAAACUUUAAGAAAGUAUGAGCAAUGUCAAGGUUCAUUAAAUAAUAAUAAUAAUCAUAAUAACGCAGUGAAUUACAAUUCACAUUCUAGUCAUACUUCUGAAAGUUCUAACAGUAGUAAUAAUGGCAAUAAUCAACACUCAUAUACACCGUAUUAUCCAACAUUUCAUGAACAACAUAAACGACACGAUUCUUCAACUAUGUCUGCACAACAACAACCAUCAACACCGCCAGAAUUUCUUCAGCUACCUUAUCAUCCAGAAUUUCAUGAUACAACAUGGGAUUAUUUGCAUAGGAAACAACGUAUUGAUGAGGAUAAUCGUUUUGUUGAACAUCAUAAUCAUCAUCAAACGAGUGUUGGGGAACAAUCGCAGACUGUACUUCAACCUCAGCUGAAUCUUUCAUUAUCAGGGAUUAGAUAUGAUCAAGAGAAAAAUGAAAGAAAAGUUGUGCAGCAGGAAAAUCAACAUCAACCUCAGGAACAUCAUCAGCAUCAUCAACGUCAUCAUCACCAACAUCAUGAACCUCAACGUCAUCAUGAGGAACACGUACAUCAUCAUCAACAUCACCAUCAUCAUCAUCAAGAUCCUCAGCAACACAAAGUGCAUCAUGACACGACUCAGGUAAAACCUCCUCAGGAUCAACAUCAGCAGCACAGUCACCACGACCAUCAUCAUCAACAUCAUCAUCAUCAUCAGGAGAAUCAAAGUAUAAACUGCAAUCAUCAACACUUUGAACAUCAGAAUAUCGAACAUGAACAACAUAUUCAUCGAAAUGAAGAAAAUAAUCCACAACACAAUGAUUGUCAUGUUUCCAUUGACAAUAAUUAUCAACCUAGUACAGAAAAAUCAAAUACUGAAAUUAUAUCUGAGCAGAAAGAAUCUCCUCCGACAAAUGCAGCAUCCACUGAUGAAAACAAAACACCAAUUUCAAUACAUCCAUUAUUAGCAGAGUCAGUGAAUAAAAAAACACCAUCAUUGAAAUUAGAAACACACUAUUCGUUAAAUUGUUGUAAGUGUCAUGAAGAGAUGAUUCGGCAACAACACCGACACCAACAACAUCAACACCAUCAAUCUCGAUCACAGCAUAUGACAGGUGAUCCUCUAAAAACAAGAAAAUAUAGUUCUGAGAAAGAUGUCAGCCUUAAACAAAUCACAAAAAAGACAAACAGGCGACAUAGUUGUUAUGGGUUGUUUGUGAAACCGUCUAUAGCAAAAAAGUUAAUCUCUCCAAUGAAACAAGUGAAGAAUUCGUCAAGUCAUGAUAAUAUUCAACAGAAAAAUGUCAGUGAAGGUGAUGACAACAAGUUGAUUACAACAUCAAUGACGCUGAAGCAAAAUCAUGCGUCUACUGAGAAAGAUAAACUCACAAAACUCUCUACAAGUGAAAAUGUUUUAAAUCAUAAUUUGGAGAAAGUUUCAAGUAAUGAUGAGCAUAAAUCAUCGAAAUUAUUGAACAACAUGAACGAUAUUCCCAUGAGUAGUAAUUUGCAUAGUUUAGAUUUAGCCUCUCCCUCACCUAAACCAUUGAAUCCAUCAAUUAUUGAUCAUCAGUCUCAUGUUAAGGUCAUCAAUAGGUCAAAUAUGUAUGAAGCGCCUAUGGAGAAAGAAAACCAAACGGUCAAUUCUGUUUCACAACAAAAAAUCGAUCGUUUGUUAUAUAAACGAAGCAUAUCUAAUGAAGAGAGUAGACAAAGCUUGGAUACAACUUCUUUGAAUUCUCAAUUGGAGAAUAUCAAUGGUUUACAUCGAUCAAAAGUGAAACGUAUGUCUUUAGGCGAAAUGAUGAACACGUCAUCAAGUGGUAGAACAUCGUUGUCGUCGGUAUCGUUGCAGCCAUCAUCAACUUCACAGUCAAUAGCAUCAUAUCAGGGAGAAAACAUGACUUCACAAAUAACAAAAAUGACAACAAAAUUAAGAUCAAAAAGUUCAAAAAGACGUUCAUCGGAUAAGAUAACAAGAAGAAGACGAAACCAGGAUUCGCCUUGUGCGGAGAAGGAGACAUCUUUUUACAUUCAUAAGAAAAAUCCAUUCAGUAUAAUUACAUCACAUUAUCUUAGCUCUAGACAUACAACAUUUCGACGAAAUACGAUUGGAAUCGGUGGUGAACUGGCCAAUGUAGAUUUCGGCAAAGAUUUAUGCCUUAGACAUGCACAAAUUGAAGCUGCCAGCGUUGAACGGAUGUAUGCCUGGGAACGUGGUGAAAUCGACUAUACGGGUAGUGAUCGUUUUAUAAAUAUCCUGAAUAAAUUAUGUACAACACUGCAAUAUGUUGGCGGUGAGGCGAAUCUUCCUAUCGGUAUAGAUGUCAUCAAGUGAAGCAUAUAUAUAUAUGUGUAUAGUG